GUUCCGUUCGCGAAGUGCAAGGAUGCGACGAGCCUCGUGUGCUCUGCUUUCAUGGGCGAGAGCUUCGAGUGCCCCUCCAGCGUGCGCGAUGCCGUUCAGAAGUUACACCUCCUUCGGGAGUUGCCAGCCCCCACCCUCAGCAAGAACGCGCACUCGAACUUGAAGAGGGCGCGCGAGGACGUUCAGGACCAGAGCUCUUUGGCAAAUCUGCUGGUGCAGUUUCCUCUCCAUGGCAAGCUAUUCAUAGAGGGUGCAGACAAGCGCGUGAAAAUGUUCGACGAGCUCGAGACUGACCUCGGAUCCUUGCGCAAUGUCCGCGAGCGCAUUAGCAAGUCCCUGGUCGGCUUCGAUUCGCAUCCAGGUCAGGGGCUCUUGGACGCCCAUCGCGUCUACAUCGACGGGGGGGGCGACGCUGGCACUCGCUUCGAGGCGGUGAGCAAGGCCCUCCAG